ACUUUCUCUCAUACAACAUACAUCUCAUCUCUUCACAGAAUUCUUCCUUUUCAACCACUAAAAACACAACUUCUACACAUCCAUCAUGUCUGGCUACUCCAACGUUGGUAACCGUGGUGUCUACGAGGCUGGCGAUCAGAGAAACGCUCCUGAGUCGGAGCGCAACGUUGAGGACCCCUACAAUGAGGGCAAGGAGAACUCUCACAACAACCUUGACUCCAAGGAUGAGCGAUCCAUCGCCAACCGCCUGGCUGCUGAGGAGAAGCGAUCCGAGACUGAAGACGAUCUCGAGACCGCCCAAUUGAAGAAGGAUCCCACUCUGCCCGCUCGCGCUCACGGCAACGAACCUUCCAAGGGCGCAAAGGUCGAUGCUCAACUCCAGGCUGAAGAGGAAGAGGAGUUGAAGCGCAAGGGCAAGGCUUAAUUGUAGCAAUACUUUAGAUGACGGCCGUUUCAUUGCAGGCAAAUGAUUCGGAAAGGAUGAAUUAAUG